AUGGAGAUUGGCGAAUUUGCUCAAAAAUAUUCUUAUCAUAUCCCUCAUCUGCACGAAACAUGGGAUGAGUUGAAUGAUUCUGGUAAAAAUUCAAGACAUAAAAAACUAUGUCAUAACUUAAAGAUGCCAGAAGUGAAGUACAUUGUGUACAAUCACGUAAUGGAAACAUUAUUUUCCUCUGGUCCGACAACUAUUACCGCUGAAAACAUAGCAAGCUCGUUAAAUGAGCAAAUGAAAGCAAGGGUUUGUCUGUCCCUAAACCCUUUAAUGUUACAAAUAAGAAACAGAUUAUCUGCUACCUCCUUAAUCAGGGAUGUAUUGAACAAAGCUCCCUUUGACAUACUACCGGCUUUGAGGUAUAUACUUGAGAACUACGAGUCAACAAUUGCCAAAAAUCAGCAAUCACAAAUAGAAGUGGCCCAGCAAGAGCAACAAUCCGUAGAAGCAGUAGUGCCAUUAAUCCAGCAAAGGAGAAGACCAAAGAAGAAAAAGAAGAAGGAGCCAAAACAGCGUAAUUCAUCAACAGAGAACAACAACAGCAAGAACGAAUUGCAACCACCAAAAUUUCAACCACCAAGGCUAUUCAGUUUAUUUCCUAAUCCAGGUUUUAAAUGGCGUUUUAUAAAAGUAGAUGACCAAAACAUAGCUGGUAUUUUUGGAAGAGGUAGUCCAAAAAAACCUGAAGAGACGGUGUUUAACUUUACUCAAAGAUGCUUCUAUGAUAAUUUUGAUUUUAAAAUAAUUGAUACAGGCAAUGAUUUCACUAGUGAAGAGGUUGAUCGUUACUUUCAUCCUUGCACUGUCGAUCCAAAUAGGUCUGAUGUCUUUGUAUCCUAUCAUGGUAAAAAUGACUUGAGGCGUUUGUCGACUGCCGAGUAUUACAACAUGAAUGGCACUGUCAACCGACAAAAACUAGAGCAAGAUAGAAAGAAAAGGUUGAAUAUAGAGCAGAUUGAAACCCACUUUCCCUCACCCAAAACUGCAAAACUCCAACAUUAUACAGAAUAUGUUAUGUAUGCUCUUCAACAUUUUCGAGCGUUAGUAAAUUUUUACGGCUUUAACACUGCUAAAAUCAAAUGGUGCAACUACAAAGGCUCUCAACAAGCAAUCGAAAAUGCAGUCAACAUUCUCAUUAAUGGCACAAAAAAAUAUAUAACAAAAGAAAAAGAAAGAACACCAAAAAGAAUAAGCGGAAGAGACGCAAGACAUCAAGCACACAUAAGGAAAAGUUUGAAGAAGGUGAUCAAAGUAAAAUGCCAUUGA